UCAUGAACAAUUUUGUUAAUUUAUUUUUAACGUUGUUCUGCUGCAUUAAUGCUUUUUCGUUUGAUGCAGGAUUUUUAAGAGCACCUCCUCAAAAAACUGACAAUCAUUCAAGUAAUGAAUAUCCACCACUUUGUGAUGACGCACCGUCAACAAAUAUUGAUCCUGAAAAGUGUUGUCAUUUUCCAAACUUUUUCGAGGAAUCUAUUGUUCAAAAAUGUGAAGAAGAAAAUGGGCUAACAGACAAGUCAAUUGUUGGGGAUAUGGUCAGUGACAGUUGCUUAAUAGAAUGCAUGUUCCACAAAUCUGGAUUAGCUAAAAGCCCAAGGAUUCAGCAUGAUGAUGUGCUGAAAAUAAUGAACAACAAAACAAAAAGCGAUAACGUGUGGAAUCAACUAACAACAAAAGCAGUCGAUGCAUGCUUUAAUGAAUUGUCUCAUGAAGAUAUCGAAGAAAUUGCCGAACAUAUUAAAACAGAAGUUGGUAAAAAUACUCAAUCAGUUCAUCAGAAAAUUUGUCAUCCAGCCUCAUCAAUUAUGCUUGAUUGCAUUUAUCGAGAGCUGUAUAAAGUUUGCCCAAAAGAAAAAUUUUCUAUUGAUAUUUCCGAAUGCUCCACACUACAAAAUUAUACGAGAACAUGCGAUGAUUGGUAAAAUUUUCAACACCCCAUACUUGCCCCAUACAUGAUGUUUACGUAUAAAAAAUAUUGCAAAGCUAUAGAAUGAUGGAAAUUUGAAUAAACG